UUCUGGUUCCUCAAAUACAAUGGUUCCAUUCAAAUUCAGAAAAUGACUUGUUAUUUAAACAGCAUUCCCAAAUUGAAUUCUGAAUGAUGUGCAAGUUGGUGUUUCUUUAUUAAUGUUUUUUAAAGGAUAAAGUGGAAUAGUUCCUCAGUGACGCAGCCACACCAGCUGAAAGGUGUGGUUAGGUGGAGCAUAUGAAAGGAAAGGAGGUUACCAUGUUUUUGUAUGUACGUAAUUACCUGUGCGUAGAGCGAGGAAACAGACAUUGUACAGAAACAGAGAACCACAGGACAUGGAAGGAGAGUCGGACAUAGAGAUUACGUCUGACUCAGAAUCUGAAUCAGAAUGGCAUCCUGGGAGCAGCACAGGAUCUGACAGUCUGAGUGAGAAUGACAGCGCAGAAGCAAAACAAGGGAAAAAACGGAAACUGAAAAAACGUAAAUGUAACCAGAAAGGGCCAUCAUCUCUCUGUACACCCAACAAGAGACAAGCCGAAGACUCCACACAGUAUUUGAAACAAAAAUUUGGAAACAAAUCUGAACUUCCUGUCACAUGUGGAGAUAAAGACGGCAUCCUGCAUGUGGAGAAAUAUAAUGACAUGGAGAAGUGCAUCUUAAGUGAAGACCAGUGGUUCAAGCCCAACGAAUUUGAGAGGUUUGGAGGAAAAGGGAGAAACAAAAAAUGGAAGACCAGCAUCUUUUGUGAUAAUAUUCCACUCCAGAAACUCACAGAGGCUGGACUUCUGUCAUCCUUUAAGAAAAGCCGGAUUCAGAAUAAACAGGUUGAUUCUCCUAACUCCUCACCUGUUGCUGAUAGACUCAGAAAAAGAAAGUGUCAGAGAGAGCGGUUCACCUCCUCCUCCAAAUCAGACAGCAGGAGCAGUGAUGACAAUGGUGACAUUGUUGAUGAGGAUGAUAAAGAUAUCAUUGACAUGACCAUGUUUGAAGUUCAAAUUCUACCUGUCACCUGUGGUUCUGGCUCUGGCAUCCUAUACAAAAAUCGCUUUGCCACAGGGCGUUGUGGGAGAUGCAUAAGAACAAAAGACUUCUGGCUGACACCUGAGGAUUUUAUCAGACUAAACAAGCCAGAUGGAAUGUGGAGAAAAGACAUUUUAUCCAAUGGGAUACCUCUGGGGAAACUUAUAAUGAAAAGAGUUUUGGAACUGCAUAUGAUAACCUGCGAUUGUAAGAUCUGUGAGGACCUGAAUCAGGACCUACAGAAUGAUGACAUGUGUUACAUGUGUGACUCUGAGGAAGAUCUUGUGUGUUGUGACGAGUGUCCACGAGCUUUUCAUUCACUCUGUCACCUACCAGCUGUACAGGAAGACUCACCUGGAAGCCAGUGGAGCUGCACAUUUUGUGUGAUGAAGAAUAUGGAAGGUUCCAAUCAAAAGACCCUCCAGGAUGUUUUGAGCAGUCCAGUCUCUCAGUACACACUGCACUGCCAGUACCUGCUGUUACACCUGCUACAUGAGAGCAAGACCGAUGUUCCAGAAUUCAGUGAGAACAUUUGUGGUCUGGACAGAAUGAAGCUGAAGUUGGAGAAUAAUGAUUAUCAAACAUUACAGGAGUUUGUCACAGAUAUUGAACUGAUUUUCAACAACUGUUGCACUUCCAGUGAAGGCAGUGACAUGAGUAGAAUGACCUCAAGGCUGAAGGAAGUAUUCAAGAGGGAGUGUGAAACCAUCUUUAAGCUCCUAUAACAUCAUGCUGUAGGUUGUUUGUCAAUAUGUCAGUAAUGUUUUGCAGAGCGCACUCUUGAAGUGUUGCUAUGUCCACAUAUUAUAAGCGAUGUCUAUUAAGCAUACUGAAGAAAGGCACAACUCUGGUACAGUAUGUGUUUAAAUCAUCAUCAUUAACAACUAAUUGUUAAAUUCAGAAUUGAACAAUUGUGCAAUUUUUGUAAAUGCAGAAUUUUCAGGAGUUAAUUCGGUUGUAUAACACAGUUGUCACUCCUGUGAAUUACUUACAACACCAUUAAGCACUAAAAUGUGAAUUGGCAAGGAAAUUUAGCUGCAGUGUGUACAUGGCCAAAGAAACACAAUGCCGUUUUAAAAGCCCAACAGAGACAGCUAUGGACACUAUCAAUAAAUGUUCAAAUUAUAGUUGCCUCUUCUAAGCUGAGGUAGAAUGAAUUUCAACAUCAAAAAUUACACUCUUCACAUCUAAGAUCUGAAUCUAACUGAACAUUAUUGUUAUUUUUUUCACAUUUAUUGUUCUACUGUUUUUUUCCUUCUUUUAUUUAAACUUAAAUAAACGGG